AUGAAAGUCGCAACCAUCCUCGCAGUUGGAUCCCUCUGGCUUACCAGUGUCACAGCAGCACCAACAAUAGGAAGCUCGGCUUCUAACAUUAUCAAAAGAAGCGAAUCCGGUCUCGAAAGCAUUGAUUUUGACUAUGUGUUUUCCUCCAUCGUCGCUAUAAAUGACCGUUAUAACAAUGGUGCAAUUAGCUCGAUUCAAAAGAGAGAUGACGACGAUUUCAUCGAUCAAUUAAUGAUGGAAUUUCACAAGCACAAUCUCAUGGAUGAUUUCGUGGAGCAAUUCGUAAACGCUCCACAUUUACAUGACGCUUUGGAGGAAAGCACGGUGAACCUCAUAUCAAAUGGAGAAGUGGAUGAGCCCUUACUCGUCAACUCUUUGAGAGCAAGUGGAAAGUUGGGCGAAUUCUUCGACUCUGUCCUCAACAAUGAAGAAUUGAAUGACGAAUUGUACCACACAGCCCAAAGCAUUGCAGAGAAAUCGCAGGCCGAAGGCCAAUUUGCCGCCAGAAAUGCUCUCUCCGAAACCGAGCCUUUUAUUCACACAGUAUUUUCAGAAGCAAUGAGUCCAAAAAGAAAGAGAGCAUUUGAUGAAGACCUUUUUUUUGAAACUCAUGGCAUGUCUAAAAGAGAUCUCUUAAGCUCCAUUAUAUCCAUUGUGAAGGCCAUUUCGAACUCCGGCUUAGUGCAGAAGAUCGUGCGUUCAAUCAUCGGAAAUCAAUCGCUAAUUCAAUACUCUAUUAAUCUAUUUGGGAAGAUCUUCCGCAGCAUUGACUGGGGGAAGCUAUUCACAGCAAUUAAGAAUAGUGGUCUCAUUCAAAAGAUUUUCAAUUUGAUUAUAAGACUCGUCUCAGGUUUCUUUGCAGGAAGUUCAUUCUCAUCAUUGAUCAAAGAAAUAUUUGGCGGCGGCUCAAACUCCACACAUAAGUCUUUUCUUGCAGGUCUUUUGAGCUCUGGCGUUGAAGUUGGUUCCGGUUUGUACUCGAGUCUCAACAAAUCAAGCUCAAGCGGCCUUCUCUCAGACUUGUCAAGUAAUUUCAAGGGAAAUCCCUCGACUGCUACCGGUAGUGUUCCUCUCUACUCCGCACCUAAAGCUACUUCGGGAGCAUACACACCUACAUCCACUGGUGGAUUUUUAUCUGGUUUGUUUCUGCCAAAAACUUCACCUUCAGGAUCAAGCACCACCACCGGUUCCUCAUCCUCUGGCGGCUUCUUGCUGACUCUUCUAGGAAAUUUAUUUAAACCAAAACCAAGCUCAAGCUCAAGUUCAAAUUCUGGACUGAGUGGAAACAGCUCCGGUGGGUUUUUCUCUAGUUUACUUGGUAGCUUGUUCGGAGGAAACAAGCCCUCCUCUUCUACGCCCUCUAGCUCCUCUUCGAGCAAUUCUUCGUCUUCAGGAUCUGGAAAGGGACUACUUGCAACCCUUUUCGAUUCUCUUUUCCCUAAGUCCGGAUCUCGGCCCGGCACUUCGUCACCUUCCUCUGGUUCGUCCUCAAGUUCAUCAACUGGUGCAGGUAUUGGCCUUGGAUCUUUGAUUGGCGGACUAUUUGGGGGCAGCCUGUCUGGUUCUAAACCUGGCAGCUCAACCUCAUCUUCAGCAUCACCAACAGGUGCAUUUACUUCAGCUAAGCAGUGUUGCUGCUCGCCUAAUAGAAUUAGGCAAAGAGCCAUGAAGAGAGCAUUGCAAGCAAAGUUGAAAAGAUCCGUUAAGAGAUCUUUGGCCGCAGGCGACCUAGAUUUAAGUGAGGGAUUAAUGAACUUCUUCCUCAAAUGA